CGCGGGCCGGCACAAGUGCACAGUCGCGUCCUGGAUUUUAACGGGAUAAUAAUUAUUUCAAUAUAAAUAGGAACCCACCCUUAAUUAUUAAUAAUUUAAACGCGAUUAAAUAAAUAUAGGAAUUUCGUGUGCAUAAUAAUUAAAAUCUAGAGGCUGUGAAUUUUUUUUUUAGAUUAGUUAUAGUAUUUGGAUUUAAAAAGUGACCUUUUUUUUUUGCUGGCAAAAAUAAAUCAACCAAAUAUGCCUGCCAGAGCCGACACCCACAUCCAAAACGGCAUCAAAAUCAACGAUGACGUAGUCCUCACAGGAAUCUCAGGUCGUUUACCAGAAAGCAGUUCCAUCGAAGAGUUCAAGCAACAACUUUUCGACGGCGUAGAUUUGGUAACCGAUGACCCAAGAAGAUGGCCCUCUGGCCUCUACGGCCUUCCCACUAGAACCGGAAAAAUCAAGGAUCUCACCAAAUUCGAUGCUUCAUUUUUCGGUGUUCACGCCAAACAGGCUCACGUUAUGGAUCCACAAUUGAGAAUGCUUUUGGAGUUGACUCACGAAGCAAUCGUAGAUGCUGGUCUUAACCCAAACGACGUCAAAGGCUCACGUACAGGAGUUUUUAUUGGAGUGUCAGACUCUGAAUCUAGUGAAUAUUGGACUGCACAAGACCCGGACACCAUUAACGGUUACGGAUUGACUGGCUGUUGUAGGGCAAUGUUCCCAAAUCGUAUUUCCUAUACUUUUGACUUCAAAGGACCAAGUUACGCUAUCGAUACAGCCUGUUCCAGUUCGCUUUUUGCCUUUCAACAAGCAGUAAAUGCUAUACAAACUGGCCAAUGCGACAAUGCUAUUGUUGGCGGAGUAAAUUUAUUGCUCAAACCAACAUCUUCACUUCAAUUUCACAGAUUGGGCAUGUUAUCACCACAUGGCAUGUGCAAAGCAUUUGAUGCCUCUGGAAAUGGUUAUGUAAGAUCAGAAGCCGCUGUAGUUGUAUUUUUACAAAAAGCUAGUACAGCCAAGAGGGUAUAUGCAACUGUUUUAGCAGCCAAAACCAAUACAGAUGGCAAUAAAGAACAAGGUAUUACUUUUCCAUCUGGAAGCAUGCAAAACAGACUCAUCAAAGAAACCUACGAAGAAGUUGGUGUCAAUCCUCACGAUGUAACCUAUGUAGAAGCCCACGGCACUGGAACCAAAGUGGGCGACCCUCAAGAAGUAAACUCAAUUGCUGAUUUCUUCUGCAAAGACCGUCCCACCCCUUUACUGAUUGGCUCAGUAAAAUCUAACAUGGGCCACUCCGAGCCUGCUUCAGGACUUUGCUCCUUAGCCAAAAUUGUCAUUGCCAUGGAAGCCGGUAUGAUACCUGGCAAUUUGCAUUUCAAAAGUCCCAACAAAGAUAUACCAGCUUUAAAUGAUGGAAGAUUAAAAGUCGUUGCUAAAAACGAACCAUGGAACGGUGGCAUCGUAGGAAUCAACUCUUUCGGAUUUGGUGGUGCCAACGCUCACAUCAUCCUCAAAUCAAACCCUAAACCUAAACAAAAAUGGCCUGCAGGUCCUGUGCCCCGUGUUGUAGGCAUUUCCGGACGUACUGAAGAAGCAGUCAAAAAUUUCCUUAAGCAAGCCCAUCAACACCGGGACGACGAAGAAUUCCUGGCCCUAGUAGACCACGUGCAUUCAAAGAACAUCAACGGUCACUUCUACCGAGGUUAUUCUGUUUUAAAAGACGAACCAGUUAGUGAGAUUAGUCAAGUAGGAACUGACAUACGACCCAUUUGCUUUGUUUUUUCGGGCAUGGGCUCCCAAUGGGCUGGAAUGGCCAAAGACCUAAUGACCCUGGAUGUUUUCAAGCAAUCCAUCGACAGAUGCUCAGCUGCCUUAAAACCACACGGAAUUAACUUGGAAAACAUCAUUGUCAAUGGCACAAAUGAAACAUUCGACAACGUUCUAAACUCCUUCGUAUCUAUAGCUGCAAUGCAAGUUGCCUUAACAGAUGUUUUAAAAACUGUUGGAAUUGAGCCUGAUUUUAUUGUUGGACAUUCCGUUGGAGAAGUUGGGUGCGCUUAUGCUGACGGCACCUUAACCGCUGAACAAGCUGUAUUAGCAGCCUACAGUAGAGGACGUGCUAUUCUAGAAAGCAAACUAGCUCCAGGAGCUAUGGCUGCCAUAGGAAUGUCUUGGGAAGAAGCCAAAGCUAAAUGUCCACCAGAAAUUGUGCCAGCAUGUCACAACAGUGAAGAUUCAGUUUCGAUUUCCGGACCUCCAGACGCAAUUAACAAAUUCGUAGCCAAACUUCAAGCUGAAGAUGUUUUUGCCAAAGCAGUUAACAGUUCUGGUACUGCUUUUCACAGUAAAUAUAUCGCCGAAGCUGGUCCGAGAUUGAGAAAGGCUUUAGAUGCUAUUAUUCCAAUUCCAAAACCUAGAACCGCACGUUGGAUAUCUUCAUCUAUACCUGAAAAUGCUUGGGGGACACCUUUAGCUCAACAAUCCUCAGCUGCUUAUCAUGUAAAUAAUUUACUAUCCCCGGUUCUUUUCCAUGAAGCUUUAGCUCACGUUCCUAAAGAUGCUAUUGCCAUUGAAGUCGCUCCAACUGGAUUAUUACAAGCCAUCUUGAAAAGAGCUUUGGGACCUGCUGCUACAAAUAUUUCUUUAGUGAAACGUGGCCACGAAGAUAAUAUUCUUUUCCUGACAUCUGCCCUAGGAAAAAUUUAUGCUGCAGGUGCUCAACCUAAAUUAGGCAACUUGUAUCAUCCAGUUACAUUCCCUGUAGGUAAGGGUACUCCUAUGAUCAACUCCAUGAUUGAAUGGGAUCACUCAAACGAAUGGUCUGUGGCCAGUUUUGCUGGAAAAGGCUCCAGAUCUGGAGAAAUGGUCAUCGAUGUUGACUUAAGUAAAGAAUCUGACAAAUAUUUGGCUGGACACGCAAUCGAUGGCAGAGUCUUAUUCCCAGCCACAGGAUAUUUGACUUUAGUUUGGAAAAGCUUUGCUAAAUUACGAAACGAAGAUUACGAACAAAUGCCCGUUGUCCUUGAAAAUGUACAGUUCCACAGAGCAACAAUAAUGCCCAAAGAAGGUUCUGUAAAAUUUUUAAUUAACAUCUUCGAAGGCACAGGAGAGUUUGAGUUAUGUGAAGGUGGCUCAGUAGCAGUUACUGGAAAAAUUUCAGUCCCUGAAGAUGCUUCAAAAGAAACCUUAACUUUACCAAAACACUCUCCAAAAUCAGAACAAGACGUUCUAAGCCUCACAUUACCAGACAUUUACAAAGAACUCAGACUUCGUGGUUACGAUUACGAAGGCAUAUUCAGAGGCAUUACCGAAAGCGACAACAGAGGUGUUAAUGGAAAACUCAAAUGGGAAAAUAACUGGAUAAGCUUCAUAGAUACCAUGUUGCAAUUUUCAAUCCUGGGACAAACUACAAGAGAAUUAUAUUUACCAACGCGUUUGCAGCGUGCCUUCAUUAACCCCAAAGAGCAUUUGAGUGCGGUAAAUCAGUUAGCAGAAGGACAAGGAGUAGAUGUUCGAAUGUACCGUAAUAUUGGUGUAAUUAAAUCCGCAGGUAUUGAGCUGAGAGGCAUGAAAGCCAGUUUGGCUCCAAGAAGACAACAAUCCCAAGCAGCACCUAAACUAGAAAAAUACCAAUUCAUACCAUUCCAAAACACAUUCCAAGAAGAUUUAGAUAAAGCCAAAACCAAUGCUUUAACAGUAAUUGCACAGCUAAUCUUGGAAAACUCUUCAAACGCUUCAAAGCUUAAAAUCGCCGAAUUUUUAAGUGAUAAACCUGUAGAAGCUUCCCUAAUACCUCAACUGACUGAAAUCUUAGAAAAUGAACCAAUGAUUGCAGUAGAUUCGACUGUAAUAUCUACAAGCCCUGUAGAUGCUUCCAGUCUUGAACCUCUUGGAAUUAAAACCUCAAUCAAAGACAUAAAAACUGCACCAAUAGAAUCAAAUGCUCAUUUAAUCAUUAUUAGUGAUGCAUUGGCCUACAAUAAAACUGACCUAAUUGAAAACGCAAAAAAUUCAAUUAAAGAAGGUGGAUUUGUGCUUCUUGAAGAAGCCAAGGGGCCUGUUGACUCUAAAAAACUAGCUGCUUUAGGCUUGGAACUAAUAUCAACUCAAUCCACUACCACUAAGGCCUAUAUUCUUCUAAGACCACCAGUACAAGUCCCCACUGACGCUAUGGUAAUUCAAAUAACCGAAAACAACUUCUCCUGGGUCGAGCCUUUAAAAGAAGCCAUGGAAAAGGCUGAAAACACCAAUCAAAAAAUUUACGUCUACGUUUACGGAGAAACUCUUACUGGCUUAGUAGGACUGGUCAAUUGCCUCAUGCGUGAACCAAUUGGCGGAAAUAAAGUUCGUUCAGUAUUCAUACAAGAUCAAAACGCACCAAAAUUCAGCCUAAACGCUUACGAAUCUCAACUGAAACAAGAUUUGGUUCACAAUGUAUUGAAAAACAAAACCUGGGGUACCUACAGGCAUUUACUUCUAGAACAAAACCCUGACGCUGGUGCUUUGCAAGUAGAACAUGCUUACAUCAACACUUUGACCAGAGGAGAUUUGGCUAGUUUAAAAUGGAUCGAAGGCCCACUGUCAUAUUAUAAAGGCGACGAUCCUAAAACUGAACUUUGCCACGUUUACUAUGCUCCAUUGAAUUUCAGAGAUAUUAUGUUGGCCACAGGAAAACUCCCUCCAGACGCACUUCCAGGUGAUCUUGCUGGACAGGAUUGUAUUUUAGGGCUAGAGUUUUCUGGAAGAGAUACUCGUGGUAAAAGAGUUAUGGGUAUGGUUGCUGCCAGAUCUUUGGCCACAACUGUUUUAGCUGAUCCAGGAUUUUUGUGGGAAGUACCAGAAAAGUGGAGCUUGGAAGAAGCUGCUACAAUUCCAGUUGUAUAUGGCACAAGCUACUAUGCUUUGAUAGUGAGAGGCAAAAUGCAGCCUGGAGAAUCAGUUUUAGUACAUGCAGGUACUGGAGGAGUUGGUCAAGCGUCAAUUGCUAUAGCAUUGCAUAUGGGGUGUAAAGUAUUUACUACAGUAUCCAGUCAAGCUAAACGAGACUUUUUGAAGCAGACUUUCCCUCAAUUGACUGACGAUAAUAUUGGAAAUUCACGUGAUACAAGUUUUGAGCAACUAAUUCUCACUCAAACUAAUGGUAGAGGUGUGGAUUUGGUUUUAAACUCAUUGGCCGCCCACCAAUUGCAAGCCUCAGUAAGAUGUUUGGCUAUUGGAGGCAGAUUUUUGGAAAUUGGAAAAGUAGAUUUGAGUAACAACAGCCCACUAGGCAUGAGCAUUUUCUUGAAAAAUACCACAUUCCACGGAAUUCUUUUGGAUGCCCUCUUUGACUCUGACUGCCCUGAAAAAACAGAAGUCAUGAGACUAGUUAGUGAAGGCAUCAAAUCUGGAGCUGUACGUCCUUUGCCUAAAACAGUUUACAAUGAAAAUCAAGUUGAGCAAGCUUUCAGAUAUAUGGCUUCAGGCAAGCAUAUUGGUAAAGUCCUAUUGAAAAUUAGAGAUGAAGAAUCGAGAAGCACUAGACAACCAGCAUUGAAAACUGUAUCGGCAAUUCCAAGGACUUAUAUGGACCCGGAAAAAAGCUACGUGCUUGUAGGUGGUCUUGGUGGUUUUGGGCUUGAAUUAGCUGAAUGGUUGGUGAAACGAGGAGCUAAAAAAAUUGUGCUUACAUCUCGAAGUGGAAUAAAAACUGGUUAUCAGUCUUUGUGUAUAAGAAGAUGGAGGGAAGCUGGUGUAAAAGUUUUAGUUUCUACAGCUGAUGCGACAACAGAAAAAGGUGCUAAAAGGUUGUUAGAAGAAGCUAACGCGCUUGGACCUGUUGGAGGCCUUUUCAAUUUAGCAGUAGUAUUACGUGACGCUACUCUCGAUAAUCAAACCGAAGCUGACUUCAAGACUGUUUGCAAACCAAAAGUUGAUGGUUCCAAACAUCUAGACCUUGCUUCCAGAACUUUGGCUCCUCAUUUGGACUACUUUGUAAACUUUUCUUCAGUGUCUUGUGGACGUGGUAACAUAGGACAGACUAAUUAUGGUUUAGCCAAUUCGGCUAUGGAAAGGAUUGCUGAAGCUAGACAAGCAGCUGGCUUGCCUGGUUUAGCAAUCCAAUGGGGUGCUAUUGGAGAUGUGGGGUUGAUUUUGGAAUCUUUGGGUGGCAUGAAUGAUACAGAAGUGGGAGGUACUUUGCCUCAAAGAAUGCCUUCUUGUUUGGCUACUAUGGAUAAUUUCUUGCAACAACCUCACGCAGUUGUGGCUAGUAUGGUUUUGGCCGAGAAGAGAAAGAUUAGUGGUUCUAAUCAAAUAAGUUUAACAGAUGCUGUGGCUAAUAUUUUGGGUAUUAAAGAUGCUUCGACUGUAGCUCCGGUUGCCACUUUGGCUGAUCUCGGAAUGGAUUCAUUGAUGGGAGCUGAAAUUAAGCAAACAUUAGAGCGGAAUUAUGAUUUGGUUUUGAGCGCACAAGAAAUAAGAGGCUUGACGUUUGGAAAGUUGCAAGAAUUGAGCAGUGGUGGUAGCAGUGCCGCAGCAGCCUCGGCAAAAUCUGAUGAAAACUUGGUUACUUUUGAAAAUAUUGUUGAAAUUAUGCCUAGUAAAACUUUGGUGGCAGUACCGAGCAAAUCUAGUGACAACAAAAAACCUCCCGUUUUUAUUGUACAUCCUAUUGAAGGAGUAAUUGAUGCUCUGCGAGGUUUUGCCAAAAACAUAGAUGCUCCAGUAUAUGGAUUACAAUGCACUAAAAAUGCUCCAUUGAAUACCAUCAGCGAUUUGGCUAAGUUCUAUGUGCAAGAGAUUAAAGCAGUCCAAAGUCAAGGCCCAUUUAAUUUGAUUGGUUACUCAUUUGGAGCUGUAGUUGCUUUUGAAAUGGGCGUGUUACUAGAGAAGUUAGGAGAAAAAGUAAGGCUGUUUUUCAUUGACGGGUCUCCCAACUAUGUAGCUACACAUACAGGAAAGGCAAGGUCCAAGAUUCAUCAGAGCGAGGAAUCAGAACAGAGUGAAGUAAUGUGCUACUUUAUCAUGCAAUUCAAGGAAAUUGAUCAACAAAAGACUGUCCAAGAACUCACAGUUCUGAAAUCACUCGACGAAAGAAUAGCCAAAACGGUAGAAAUGUUACAGCCAGUAGCCCCAUUCCCGCCAGAACAAAUCAGUGCGGCUGCAUUAAGUUUCUUCUCCAAACUUAAAGCUGCUGACCAAUACAAGCCUCAGAACAAAUUUAAUGGUCCAGUUACGUUGGUUAAGGCUAAAGAUAAUUUUGUUGAUUUUGAUGCUGAUUAUGGUUUAUCAAAGGUUUGCACAAGUAAACCAACUGUGGAAGUUCUUAGUGGUGAUCACAGAAGCAUUUUAACCGGAAGCACGGUGGAAAGGAUAGCGAGCAUUUUGCAUCAAAAUGUUUUAGCAGCCUAAUGCUUAUAGUAGACAUAUUUCACGUUCCAAAGAUAAUUUAUAUUAUUCAAUAGUUCAAUAGCGUCCAUGACAUUUUUUUUGAUCAAAAACAUUCCUAAUUGAAUUUUUCCAGUUAUUUUGUAAAUAGUUAGUUAGUAGUUUUUCUUUAGAGUUAAGUAAAAGAUAAUUUAAUUUAUUUUUAUAAUAAAAUUUAUUUAUGUGUGAAAAAAUUAAGUUACUUUUCCAGUGAUAAAAUAAUAUGUAUCAACAUACUAAAGUUAGAUGUGUAGUUUAUUAUUAGUCUUUAGUGAGACUCUAAAUUUUUGUUUUUUGUUAAAAUUAACAUUGUUUAGUGCUUGACAGCAUUAGAUUUAAACAUUGUAUGUUUUUUUUUUUGGAAAAUAUUUGGUGUGUUGCUUCUCCAAAUCUUUCUCAAAAAAAAAAAUUUAACUAAGUAGGUAUAUUUCUACUUAAAGCAAAAUGUACUGUAUGUGUUAAUUUGACUAAGAUUCAAUAAAAGUAAUUAAUAAUUUUAUUUAAUAAUAUUUAUUGAAUGUCCUCCCAGCAUUUGGGUAUUUAAAUUAAAAUGCACUUUAGUAGGAGGAAUUAAACUAAGUAUUUAUUUUUUAUCAUCUAAACUAGGAUCACUAAUUUUCUUUGUCUCAUCACAGGUAAAUGAUAUGGUAAUGGCAAAUCUCUCGCCUUCUG